CUCCUCCAACCCUUCCCUGUCGACACCACCACCUCCUUCCAUCCUUCGUCCGUACACCUCUCCCUCCCUCUCCCCUCCCCUCCCCCAAGCCAUCCCCGACAAGGCGACAAACAGCCUCUCCGGCGGCCGAAGCCGAUGGAGGCGAAAUCCGGCGAGGGCGCUCCCAAGCGCAAACCUCUCCCGUCCGCGCUCGUCUCCAACCUCGAGUCCGUGCUCGCCGCGCGCCGCCCGCCCCCGGCCGAGGAGGUCAGCACCGCCGCCGCAUCCGCCGAGGCGGAGGCCCCAGCGGCGGAGGCUUCCGAUGCCCCGCCGGACGAUGGAGCGCCGGCGAGGCCCGUCGUGCUGCUGACCUGCGCCGGGGGGAUCCAGUCGCCGGGUCUCGCGGCUCUCGUCGACGCCCUCGUUGCCGGCGGCCGCUGCGACGUCCACAUGUGCGCCCCCGAUUCGGACAAGCCAGCCUGCGGCCACUCAAUUACCGUCCGUGAGACCAUCACUGCGACAUCCGUGGAUUUCAAAGGGGCUAAAGCUUUUGAGAUAUCCGGCACACCGGUUGACUGCGUCUCAUUGGCGUUAUCUGGGAGGCUGUUUCCUUGGUCUGCGCCUGCUUUGGUGAUCAGCGGUAUUAAUGCGGGACCAAAUUGUGGAUAUGAGAUGUUCCACUCUUCUGCCAUUGCUGCUGCAAGGGAGGCCUUAGUGUAUGGAGUGCCUUCAAUUGCAAUAUCAUUGAAUUGGAAGAAGGAUGAAAGCAAAGACAGCGACUUCAAGGAUGCAGCUCAGGCCUGUUUGCCAUUGAUAAAUGCUGCCUUGGCUGACAUUGAGAAAGGAAAUUUCGUCAAAGGGUGCCUACUGAAUAUUGGGGUUCCAAGCUCACCAUCUGCAAAUAAGGGUUUCAAGUUGACCAAACAGAGUGGAUACAGUCCUGCUCAAAGUUGGCAAGCUGUGUCAACAAAUAGGCCUUCAUCUGCUGUACACUUUAUGGGCAUGCAUCAAAGCCUUGGUAUUCAGUUGGCACAGCUUGGGAAGGAUGCAUCUGCAGCAGGAGCUGCACGUAGAGUUAGUGCUCAGCGAAAGACAGUCGAGGUUGAGUCUGUUGCAGCUGCUGGUAAACAGGAGGCUCGUGAAGUAGUGAAGAAGUUAUUCCGUGCUGAGUUUGUCGAGAAGAAACAUGAAGAUUUAAAUGAAGAUAUCGAUUUGAGAGCUAUGGAGAAUGGAUUUAUAUCUGUCACUCCUCUGAAUGUACAUGGGCAAGUGGAGGCUGAAAUUGGAGCCCCUGUUUCAGAUUGGCUCUCAGCAGUUGUAGCUGAGGAAAAAGAAGAUCCGUCAGCAGCCUAACAAACAUGCAGACAUGUACACACUCCAUAGGUGUCUUAGUUCUUGCAGUGAUGGUGGUCUUUUCUCUCUUCUCUUUAUUGGGUUUGAUUUGUUUAGUCUUUUGCGCUCGAUAUUGUUCAGUGCAAUUUCAAUUUUUUUUGUUCACCUUUCUGCCAAUUGCCGGCUUCCUUGGCCGUGCAAAAUGAUUUGAUGCAGAUGCCUCUACAUUUUGGAUGUAACCAUGUAGGCUACGGCAUCUAACAGAUGAAUACUGCCCAGCCCCCACUAUUUUUUCAGUGUGGUUUGUUCUAGGAAGGUGUUUUAUUCAGCAUGGGAUAUGUGGUUGUUUUUGUCUUGUUCCCGUCUAAACGAUGGCUGCCAAAAUUGGCCGCUUGUAACUUGAAAUGCUGUUGCAGCCAUUCAAUGCGGUAAUGUCAUCCUGACUUCUUUGAUUUGUAAUGUGGUAA